ACCAGCUACAUCAGUCCCAGACCGAGGCUCGAGCUGGUUGUUCUCACUAUAGAAGAAUUUUACAUACCAGAAAAGACUACGGGCUUCAUUGGCUCUGGGAAAAUCUCCACGAGAUCUUAAAACGGGCUCGACGUGGACAAUCCAGCUGCGUGCUAUUACCCCUCUUCAUGAGAAAGCAAGAGUACAAGAGCCGCUCCUAAGUCGCCCGUCAAAAUGGAAUUAGACAAGGAGCCUACGCAAGGAUAUAACUCAACUCUGUUGUACGGGGGUGCGAUGUCGGUAGAACUACCCAAAGGAUGGAAAAAUAUCAGCAACGUGAGGCCGAUUCCCGACAACCAAGAAGUCUUUGCUUCUGGCACGGGCUACGAUAUGAGCGUAAUUGUCGAACUCCUCGAACGCGUAGAGUCAGAUUCCGAACCUAUGCAUGCAGCAGUGUCCAAGAUGCCGCCUGGAGCGUCUACGGAAGACGUGGAUGCGCUGGCACUUCUCGCCCACAUUCACGACAUCUGCGACGCCAACAGGGAUCAAUUUGAAGUUGUAGACGGGCCAAAGUCAUCGCACCCCACUGGCCGUACUCAGGAGGGCCCUACAUAUGUCUGCGAAGUGAAUAUUCUGUCGCAUUCGACCCGGAUUAAUCACUCCAAUGCGUUGCGAGAGCCUGAUCAAGUUACAAAAUGCUACAUGUUUAUGGUUCGAUUGGUGCAGCAAGGCACGGAUAUGCUCGUUCAUGUCAAUCUUCCGAUCACCCCGCUCAAAUAUAACUCAGACCCAAGCGCUGUUCCUGACGCAGAACGUCAAGCGAAGGAUAUACUCGAGCACCUUAUGAAUACUCUGAACUUUAUCGAUUUCUCGAUGUUUGGCUAAGUAGAUGGUCAUGAAACAUGGUUUGGCAUGGACGAUCGCCUCAGGCCAUGCACAGUGACGCUGAAUGGCCGCAUUCCAUGCUUCCAAACACUUUUGCUAGUCGCUUGCUAGGACAACGAAGCUGUAGAGAGACCCAUGACAACAGAGGAACUCCCAUUCUCAGCACGUUGCAUCAGCGUUAAGCAUUACAUACCUCCGACUUACUGGGAACGAGAAAGUAUUCGAUGUAAAUGGAAGAGCUCGGAGAUAUAGAAAAAUUCAUUAUUAUAUUAGAACAAUCAUUACGGGCUUGAUAUGGUCAUAUUUUUAUGAUCAACUAUUUAGG